GCUGCAACGAAUGGCCCGAGGCUAUUUGAUCAGGAAGCACGUCGCGUGGUUGUCGAAGAACGCGAGAAUCAUCCAAUGCGCGUUCAGGAUCCAUAUGGCUCGGAAGGCGUAUAGGGCGGCGCUGCGCCGAGCCGUGCGCCAGAAACAUGGACGCCACUACGAUCGAGCUGCUACUAGGAUACAGGCUCUUUGGCGUGGCCACUAUUCAAGACGCACCAAAUUCUGCUACCGCCGCUACCGCCGCUGGCUGACCACCGUGACUGAGCGAGGCGAGCGGCGGGCCGCUGAGGCCCUGGAGUUCGGCCUCAUCAGCAGGGCUGACGACCUCAGGAUCCUCGAGGAGGAAGCCAGGAAAUGGCUCGCCUUUGUAGUGUUCAAACUGCAUCACCUUCUCAGGACUUUCAGCCGCGCGGGAGUCUACUCUGAUCCAGCCACCACAGAACUAACACAAUUUGAAAAGCUUCUACGCUCAAUUCACUACAAAGAAUACAUGAAGAGAUUGAGACGUAAAUAUGACGAAUUUGUCAGAAAACAUCGUCCUAAUUUCUCUAAUAAGAGGCUGUUUCCUAUUAUUGGGGAUGGAACCGAUUAUUGGUAUUUGUCUUUAGCAGAAAUGUACGAUUUAACCAGUCCAGUACCAAAGGUUCCCGACAACCGUCAUUUGCAAUUGCAUCACGGGUCCAUACACAAGGAACCUUUUUUGUGGAGGAAAGUGAGGCCUCCUACAGCCUUUUUUGAUAGAGGACCCUUCAUAGCAAAGUCACCUGUGAGGUCCAGGAUACCAGUCGCCCCAGCGCCGACCCCUGCGGAAGCCGGAGAUGCUGAACCUCAAAAAGACCCCAGAUUCCAUCUGUAUGUCCAACAUUACACUCCUCAACCGAAACUAAUGGAUUAUGUAGACUUCCAUAUUAACAUUUUGGUAAACCGGAAAAGCUCCAUACAACAUGUGUAUGACAACUAAGUUUGGAUAUAACUCUGCUUACGUCACGCUGGUGUCACGCUACAGAAACUGGACUGACAUAACAAAACUAGUACGUCGCCUGCCUUGUUUUGAUAAUUGUAACUAGAUGAGGAACUCAAA